AGGUUUGUCCGCCGCGGGACGCCGUCCCCCCGCCAUGGCGGCGUUCGCGCGGCGCAAAGCGCAGCGGCUCGCGCGGCCCGACCCCAGCCGGAAGCGCGCGCUGGACGCGCGGGCCGCGGAGCUCGCGCGGCUGCUGAACGCGCGCGAGCGCUUCUGCACCACCAGCUCGUGCGACGGCAGGGUGACCGUGACGGACACAGAUCCAGAAGUCGCGGGGAUCCAGAAGAAGAACUGCACGUGGCUCCUGGUAACGCAUGACCCGUGUGUCAAAGACGAUGUGAUGACAGCACUCAAGAAAGCCACUGGUGAUGUUGUGUUCAAGUUUGAGCCGUUUGUUCUCCACGUGCUGUGUCGGGAGCUGCAGGAUGCACAGCUGCUGCAUUCAGUGGCUAUUGACUCUGGGUUCAGGAACUCUGGGAUUACAGUUAGCAGAGGAGGAAAAAUUACAAUGGCUGUGCGGAGCACUCACUGCUUAGAAGUUCCAUUGAGCCACAAAGGGAGAUUGAUGGUCUCCGAAGAAUAUAUUGAAUUUCUGGUACAUGUAGCCAAUCAGAAAAUGGAGGAGAACAUAAGGAGGAUUGACAGAUUCCACAAGGGCUUGGAGCUGGCUCUGGAAGCUGCUGUCCCUGCAGACACCUUGUUUCCCGAGGGGCCAGAGAAGAGCCACUCUGUGUACGUGCAUAGAAGAAAGAGACGGACUGCUCAGGAGCAGGCUGAUCCCAGCAGAGAGCUGGAACCCCAGGAUGAUACUGAAAGCAGUCUUGGUCUCCUUGCUGAAAUCAUGAUAUAGACUAAGACACUUGAAAGCAGAUGGUGAACUGAAAAAGUUAUUGUAGUGCUCUUUUUAAGAGAUUUGUAUAUUCCUGUGCUCCAAGUGGUAAUACUCUCAUGGACAUUGACCAGAAAAAAAGGUAAUUAACAGAAUAGUGAUGAGGUGUAGCUACAGGACACAGAGAGCAAAGCUGUAGAAUGUUUUGGGAGUUUUUAAAGUGUACUGUUGAAUUAACAAAGUGGUUCUCCAUCAGUUAUCCCAGAAAUAACUGGUUUGCUGCA